ACAUAAAUCCCUUAAAUGGUGGACUCCCACUUGAAGGUCAACGAAGAAUAACUAUGGGAUAAUUCGCACACUCUUCACUAGUAUACACCACUCUCUGCUCUUUUCCUCCAGCAUACCCCUCCAUCCCCUGCAGCAGAUGCUGUGACGGUCGCCAUGAUGCUGUCGGGUUUCGCCUGCAGCAGCAGCAGCAGCGAUCUGUGAGAGACACACACACCGCGACCACGAGCGGAGCCCUCCAACCGAGCCGACAUAAACGAGGACACAUAUUUCCAGCAAAAGCUUCUGUCGACAAGUGCAUAACAGUUUUCGAAAGCAAGGCUCGCUCCUUCUGCCAGCGUUUUAAGAGAGGGAUUUAAAGGAAAAACAGCUUGCUAGGGAUUUCGCAGUCCUGCCAGAGGAGGGGCAUAUGGGGCUUUGUAGCAAUGCAGAUCCCGUGCUGCUGAUGCGCUUUUGUUACUGCAUAAUGGAUAACCACAGAUAUCACCAUAUCACAAGGGAUUGCUUUUAACUUCUUUAGUGACUUGUUUCGUGAAAAGUGUCCUUUAUAGGAGAAGCUGAAAUCGGGAAUACAUAAGCCUAGGUUAUAUACGUCAAAUCCAUCGGCCAGGGCAGGGUCAAUGGCUGUAAGUUCUCUGCAUCUAAGGACUGCGAAAUCAUGAUGUUGUGGAUUGAUAGGGACGCAUCGGUGCGAGAGGGACCAUGAUAAGGCUUUACAAUAUUUUUUGAGACAUUACGUAUUUUGGAGCGUUCUCUGGCCUACUCUGGCCAUUUGCUACAGUGGGAGCAAAAACUGACCAUACUGUGAGACAUCAGCAGCAACUGAAACCAUGUCUGGUGAGGUGCGUUUGAAGAAGCUGGAGAAGCUGAUUCUUGAUGGCCCGUCUCAGUCCAGCGGCCAGUGCUUCAGCGUGGAGACCUUGUUGGAUAUUCUUGUUUGUCUGUAUGAUGAAUGCAAUAAUUCUCCCCUAAGAAGAGAGAAAAACAUCCUGGAGUUCCUUGACUGGGCCAAACCUUUUACAUCCAAGGUGAAACAGAUGCGCUUGCACAAGGAAGAUUUCGAGAUCCUGAAGGUGAUUGGACGGGGAGCGUUUGGAGAGGUUGCUGUAGUAAAGGUGAAAAAUGCAGACAAAGUAUUUGCCAUGAAGAUUCUCAACAAAUGGGAAAUGCUUAAAAGGGCUGAGACUGCAUGUUUUCGGGAGGAACGGGACGUGCUGGUGAACGGGAACAGUCAGUGGAUCACGACGUUACACUAUGCUUUCCAGGAUGAGAACAACUUGUACCUGGUGAUGGACUACUAUGUAGGGGGAGACCUGUUGACUCUGCUCAGUAAAUUUGAAGAUCGUUUGCCUGAGGACAUGGCCAAGUUCUAUCUGGCCGAAAUGGUCUUGGCUGUUGACUCUGUGCAUAAGCUACAUUAUGUUCACAGGGAUAUUAAGCCGGACAAUAUCUUGAUGGACAUGAACGGUCACAUCCGGUUGGCUGACUUUGGCUCCUGCCUCAAGCUCAUGGAAGAUGGCACAGUCCAGUCCUCUGUGGCAGUUGGGACCCCGGACUACAUUUCUCCAGAGAUCUUGCAGGCAAUGGAAGACGGGAAGGGGAAGUACGGGCCGGAGUGUGACUGGUGGUCUCUGGGUGUGUGCAUGUAUGAGAUGCUGUAUGGAGAGACUCCCUUUUAUGCUGAAUCCCUGGUGGAGACAUAUGGAAAGAUCAUGAACCAUAAGGAGCGCUUCCAGUUCCCACUUCAGAUGACAGAUGUGUCCGAGGAGGCUAAAGAUCUCAUACGGCGGCUGAUCUGCAGCAGAGAACACCGGUUGGGCCAGAAUGGCAUCGACGACUUCAAACAGCACUCCUUUUUCACAGGCAUCGACUGGGACAACAUCCGCACAUGUGAAGCCCCCUAUAUCCCCGAAGUCAGCAGCCCCACUGACACCUCCAACUUUGACGUGGAUGAUGAUUGCCUCAAAAACUGUGAGACGUUGCCCCCACCUUCACACACAACAUUUUCUGGACACCACCUCCCGUUUGUAGGCUUCACCUACACAAGCAAAUGCACUCUGUCAGAUCGAGGGUGUCUGCGGGAGUUCAUGGGACCGCCACAGGUAGAUGCUGAGCUACAGCGUAGCCUGGAGGACAGCCUGGCCUCAGAGGCCUAUGAGAGAAGGAUCCGACGUCUAGAACAGGAGAAGACCGAACUUACCCGUAAACUACAGGAGUCCACGCAAACAGUGCAGGCACUUCAGUACACUGAUUCAGAUGCCCCAGUGAAUGCUAAAAAAGAGGUAGAAAUCCGGAGUUUAAGGAGUGAGAUCGACAUCCUGAAGAAACAGAUAGCAGACUCUGGUCAACUGGAACAGCAAUUGGAGGAGGCCACCACAGUUCAAAGAGACCCGGAAGACUCAUCUAAAAUCGUCAGGAGCUUUGAGAAACAGCUGAAGAGUGUCAUGCAAGAGAGAGAUGAUCUGCACAAGGAGCUGCUGGAGUUGGCAGAGAAGGUGAAGGCUCAGGGGAAGGAGCUAAAGGAGGCUCAAAGUCAAAAGAAGAUGGCCAUGAAGGAGUUCUCUGAGCUGAACGAGCAACUGAGCGAUCUGCGCUCACAAAAGCAGCGGCUGAGCCGCCAGUUCAGAGACAAAGAGGAGGAGAUGGAAGGAGUGUCACAGAAACUAGAGGCUCUACGGCUAGAGAUUCGCAAAGCUGAGAGAAUGUGCAAAGAGUUAGAGGCCCAGGCAGAGGAGCAAGCAGCAGAAGCUCAGAAGGAGAAGAAGCUACGAGAGAGAACCGAACAGUACAGCAGACAGUUGGAGGAGGACCUGGAAGGGAUGAAGCAGUUGAAGCCGCAUCACUCAGUGGCGAGCUCAGACCAACAGCAGGAGCUGAUGCGCAUACGAGCGGAGCUGGAGAAGAAGAACGUGCAGUACGAGGAGGAGUUGUGCCGCCGGGAGACACUCCACAGCAGCGAGCUGAAGGGCCUCAAGAAGGAGCUCCACGAUGCUGAGGGUCAACACCUCACACUCCAGAAAGAGAUUCUCAUGCUCAAAGACAAACUGGAGAAAACCCGCAGAGAAAGCCAAACUGAGCGAGAGGAGUUUGAGAUGGAGUACAAGCAGAAGUAUGAGAGGGAGAGAGCCCAUCUGACGGAUGAAAACAAGAAGCUCGCAAGUGAAGUGGAGAAACUGAGCUCUAUGUAUGACCAGCUCAAUAGCAGUCACAAGCAGCUGGACGAGGAGAUGAGAGAGUUGGCUGAUAAGAAGGAGAGCAUUGCCCAUUGGGAGGACCAGAUCACUGAGAUCAUACAGUGGGUGAGCGAUGAGAAAGAUGCUCGUGGUUACCUCCAAGCUCUAGCCACAAAAAUGACAGAGGAGCUUGAAGGGCUCAGGAACACCAGCUUGGGAGCCAGAGGAACGGACAUGCCGUGGAAGAUAAGGCGCUUUGCUAAGCUGGACAUGUCUGCACGUCUAGAACUGCAGUCUGCGCUGGAUGCUGAGAUCAGAGCCAAACAGUCCAUCCAGGACGAGUUUAACAAAGUCAAAGCAUCCAACAUUGCCACAGAAUGCAAAUUGCAAGAGUCCGAAAGUAGAAACCAGGAGCUGCUUGCAGAAAUUGAGAGGCUGAGGAAAGAGACAGAGGAGCUGAGACUGAGGAGAGGUGUGAAGCACCAGGAUUCCCAGAAUUCUUUCUUGGCAUUCCUCAAUGCCCCCACUUCUGCUCUGGAUCAGUUUGAUGACUCAUUUUCUUCCUCUUCGUCUUCUUUAGUUGAAUUUUGGGAAGAUCGGUCACCCUCUUUUGGUCCCGGAAGCAAAACCAGACGUCUUGAUUCGGCAGAUUUCACUCCCUCUAACACUCCAUCACGAGAUGAAGAUUCAAGAUCUCGUCGUAUAUCACGCUCGCGCUCUCCGUCAACUGCCAGUGACAUGGAGCCUAUUGAGUUGAUUGACCACACGUCACGUAGUCUGCAGACUCCAACAGGAAGAUCAGGCUAUGGGAGCUUGGGACACUCAUCACCAAAGCCCAAGGCUCACCAGCUUAGUGUGAAGACCUUCACCGUUCCCACCAAAUGUAACCAGUGCACCUCUCUGAUGGUGGGACUUAUCCGUCAGGGCUGCGCCUGUGAAGUCUGCAACUUCUCCUGUCAUGUCACCUGUGCUGAUAAAGCACCUUCUGUGUGCCCCGUUGCACCAGACCAAACCAAGGGCAAAUUGGGAAUCGACACUCAGAGAGGCAUAGGGACUGCAUAUGAGGGCCAUCUUAGGAUACCAAAGCCCACAGGGGUGAAAAAGGGUUGGCAGAGGGUCUGGGCAGUGGUAUGUGACUUCAAACUUUUCCUGUAUGAACUUGGAGAAGGGAAGGGUGCCCAGCCUGGUGUCAUAGUUAACCAGGUCAUCGACAUGAGGGAUGAAGAGUUUUCUGCCAGCUUUGUUCUGGAGUCUGAUGUCAUCCAUGCUAACAGGAGGGAUAUCCCCUGUAUUUUUAGGGUAACAGCGUCUCAGCUGUCCACCUCCUCCAGUCAGAAGACGUGCAUCCUGAUGCUGGCCGACAAUGAGCAAGAGAGGACAAAGUGGGUGUCCGCACUGAAUGAACUGCACCGCAUUCUGAGGAAAAACAAGCUGAAGGAGCGUUUCGUGUAUGUGCCUAAAGAAGCGUAUGACAGCAGCCUUCCUCUCAUCAAAACCACCCAGACUGCUGCUAUUAUAGACCAUGAACGGGUUGCUUUGGGGAACGAGGAAGGCCUGUUUGUAAUCCACGUCACCAAAGAUGAAAUUGUUCGUGUGGGUGACAUUAAGAAGGUCCAUCACAUAGAACUGAUGCCCAAAGAGCAUCUAAUGGCCGUGAUCUCGGGCAGGAACCGACAAGUGUGUCUGAUCCCCAUGGCUGGGUUCGAUGGGAGAGAGAUCGACAAGAAUAAGGUGGCAGAUACUAAAAACUGCCAGGCACUGGUGUCUGGUGUGGUGCGCAAUAACACCUGCUUCUGCCUUGCCAUUAAACGGCAGAUCUCCUGCUACGAAAUUAACAAGAGCAAGUCUCGCUAUUGCCAUCUGGUGGACAUACAAGCUCCAGGAUCUGUCCAGUGGAUGGCGUUCUUUGGCCAACAAUUAUGUGUAGGAUACCAAGCGUGCUUUAUGCGCUACAGUUUGCAUGAAGAUAUUCCUCCGUUCAGCAUGCUCCACCCAGAUGACCCAACAUUGGCGUUUAUUAAGGCAGAGAACUUGGAUGCCCUUUGUGCAGUGGAUAUCUCCAAUAAAGAACUGCUGCUCUGCUUCAGCAAAAUUGCAGUGUAUGUAGACACACACGGGAGACGCUCACGCCAGCAAGAGCUAAUGUGGCCCGCGACGCCCACCGCCUGCUGCUACAACGCCCCCUACCUGUCAGUCUACAAUGAAAAUGCAGUGGAUGUGUUUGAUGUGAACACUAUGGAAUGGAUACAGACCAUUCCUCUCAAAAAGGUCCGGCCGCUGAACAUGGAUGGUUCUUUGAAUCUCUUGGGCCUGGAGACGGUCAGACUCAUCUACUUUAGAAACAAGACUGCAGAGGGGGACGAACUGGUGGUGCCUGAGGUGUGUGAUAACAGCAGGAAGCAGAUGGUACGCAGCAUGAGCAACAAGAGACGAUUCUCGUUCCGUAUUCCUGAGGAGGAGAGACUGCAGCAGAGGAGAGACAUGUUGAAAGAUCCAGAGAAAAGGAACAAGUUGAUCUCCAGUCCUAUGAAUUUUAACCACGUGGCUCAUAUGGGUCCUGGAGAUGGAAAGCAGAUCCUCAGAGAUCUGCCAAUGAAUGUACGUGCUCAGGACAAUCGAGCCGUGUUCAGCGGUUCCAUCAGCAUCCCAUCAAUCACCAAAAACCGUGCCGAACCUGGGCGAUCCAUGAGCGCCAGCAGUAGCCUAGGAAUGCGGUCGUCCUCUCAGAAUGGCAGCGCUCUGAGGAGGGAGUUUUCGGGUGGCAGCUACAGCUCUAAACGCCAGACCAUGACGUCACCCUCUGAGAGCUCGCUGUCGUCAGGAGGCGGGAUGGACGUGGGCGAAGCGCCGCUCUCUCAGUUUGAUAGAGAGUGGCAGGCAGUAUCGCCCUCGGAGAAGACCCCUGAUCUGAAAAGGGCUUUAAGGACCCUGCUUAGUAAGAUGAAGGAUUCUGAUUCACCUCGGCACUCCACCGCCUCCACCAGCUCCACCUUCAGCAGCCCGCCGAGCCCCGCCUCCCCGCACCAAACAAAGUCCCUCUCCCUGGAGAGCACAGACCGCACAGUGUGGGACACAUGAUGGACUCAACAACGAGCCAAUCACAACAAACUUUGAGUCUGACAGUCACAGUGCUCCGUCCCCUUCCAUACAGUCGCAUCCAGGCACUACAGACCCCUUCCAAUUAAUUUGCAUAAAGCAUCACCACUGGGGAAUGUACAAAGGAGAAAACACACCAACACAAGUGUUUGUAUGUUUGAGCGACCAGGACACGCAUGACCCGCAAAAGCUGAUUGGAGGAAAAAGUGAAAGUUCGGUUCUGGAUAUUAAUGUGACUGGUGUUUGUACAUAGACUGGGUUAGGGUUAAACUUUUAUUUAUUUAUCAUUUAGCCAUUUCAAAGUGGAAAAUACUGUCCCGUCCCUCUCAUGUAAUGGAAUGAUGAUUCCAUUAUAGAAUCUCACUAAUUUACCUGGGGGAAAAAAUGAUGUAUAUAUAUAUGUUUUACUUUUAAAGUGAUGUGUGCUGUUAUUCGUUUGUUACUUUGGCUAAAUGGAUGAGAGACCGCAGAUAUCAGACAACCUCAUCUAUCGCUUCCUGUCCUAGAUUUGUAGGAAUUUCUAGAGGCGAUGACGUGGAAUCUGUUACUGUCAUCUUCGCCAAUCUCCACGUAAUCCAAACCUUCCGUGAACCAACAUGACCUGUGAAAACACCACAUUAAUGUACAUAGGUUAAAAGUAUAGUAUAAUAUAAAAUAGGGAAAUAUUGAAGAGAUAAACUAUGUGAAAAAAACCUCAUUGCUUUUAUUUUUUAAAUAUAAUUUUAAUAUACUCAUGCUGAGACCAAUUAAAAAGUUGUGUCAGUUCCUUUAGACUUAAAUUUUUUUGUUUAUGAUAAAAUACUGCCUUGAGUAUUUUUAUGUCUUUGUUGUCUUUUUUUUUAAAGAUUUUUGUGAGACACUACAAAUGUGCUUAAACUAUAAAAUUUGCAUCAUGUCUGGGUUAAGUUGUGCUUUAUCAGAUGACAAUACAUGCAUUGACUUGACCGAAACUGUACAAAUAUCAGCAAGGUGGCAUACAAAUAUCAUAUUUCUGCAAUCUGGAACCUUUAAAUCCAAAUUGUGGAACUGGUCCAACGUGUAAAUUGAGAUUUGCAGACAGACAAAAGAUAGUUUGUUUUGUUCCUGGAUGGUUUCAUCUAAUGUAACAGUAUGGGAAAUUGCUUCACCCAUAUAGUUUGGCUCUUUCUAUCUUUUCAUUGGAUAAUUCCGUAACUUUUCCCGUUAAGUGUUAAAACGUUCACACCACUAUUAAAUGUGCCAUUAAAAUCUAUAACAAGAACCUGCUC